UGGAUUAAGAUGAAAAGAUAAAUAGAUUGUGAUUUAUGUUGCCUAAUCAAAAAGAUGAUCUUUUCAUUUUCCUUGUUUGUCGUCUAAUAUGGAGGAGAAGAGUCAAGUGAAAAAUGUUUCCAAGAGUGACAUUCAUUCAAAUGUAAACGUAAAUUCAAAGAAUUUGAUUUUGUUAAUUAGAUUACACUUGAAACUGACCGUGCAACAGUUGAAAUCAAAUGUGAAAUGGAUUCACUUCAAUUAGUGAAAAUGUUUUACCUCGCACUUGUGUCCAGUUUUAUAAUCGUGCAAAUCCACUGUGAUACUAACCAAUCGGAUACUUGGGACUCCAUAAGCUCUGACUUUCAACUCGGAAUACCAAAUUUAAAUAAACCUUUGACUGAAUCUACAAAGACCAGGAUUGAAUCAACAACUGAUCGCAAAGAAACUGAUUAUGUAAAGAAACAAACGGAGGUGAUAACGGAUAAAACUGAUCAAUUUGACAAAUGGGAUGAUUUGACUGAUUCUGAUUUGAUUAUACCUGAUCCAAUGGCUGUCAGAUCAUUGUUAAAGCCUGUCGAUGAAAAGGCUUUUUCAGUUUCUCAAAGCUUCAUGGAAGGAAAACCUGAAAACCAACAACCAAAAACAACUUUAGUAAAGUCUGUGAAGAGUAAGAAAGUUGAUAAAAGCUUGGUUAAUCAGAAAGUUAUAACAACAGGAAAACCAUUAUUAAAAAUAUCAAGUGAAUCAAUUACCACUCCCAAAGCAAAUCUAAUCAAAUUUAACCAGAAAGAUGGAAUUGGUUUAUCGGUAAAGAAAAAUUCAACGAAAAAAGCAACAUCAGUCAAUAAUAAAAGACAAUUGACGAGUAAAUUCAACAAUUUAAAGCACCAAAUGAACGGAUCAAUCAGACGGACAAGUGAUGCUUCUGUUGGGUUAAUAUCAAUCAAGGAUAGAGUCAACAAAAUGAAAAGGAAACUAACACCAGAAGCAAAACGAAGGAUGAUUAUUGGUUCACCAAGACUCUUGUCUCAAGAAUCUUACCUUUCACCAAUGGCACAAUUUUCACCCUUUACAUCCAUCGGAACUGGAUCAAAUCAAUUAUUACAAGCUGGUCAGCUUUCUUUGUCACCUUCAAUAUCUUAUUUAGCUCCAGCUUCUCAGGUUCAAUUUUCACCAAUGGCACCACCAAAUGUGAAUGCCGCACCAUUGUCACCUUCAAACCUUCUUCAAAACCAAGGACCUUUUCAAACAAAUCAAAUUGUCGGCUCAACAAGUAACUCUGUUAACUUGAUUCCUGUGAACAAUGUUCAAUCAGUUGCUACUUUAGCCUCACCAGGAGUUCAAACUAUUUUACCAACAAAUCAGGGAAUCUUUACAUCUAAUUUUCAAGCGUCACCCAUGCAAUCGCCUUUACAAUCAACAAUACAAUCCUCACCUAUGGUUCAAAUAGCGUCUGUUAAUCAAUCUCCUAAUGUUCAGACUAUUCCUGUAAUUCAAAAUGCUAUUCCAGUUUCUUUGGUUCCUUCAUCGGUUGGAUCUGCGCCUCCAUUGAAAAUAACAAAAACACAACAGUUUGAGUCGCACAUUGUUAAUUCUCCAGUUGCAUUAGCAAGCCCUUCGAUAUCAUCAGCGCCUUAUUCUCAGUCGCAUGGCUCUUCAUUGCGAUCAAAUUUCAUUCGUACACCGAUUGCUCUUCGGUCACAAAUUCAAAGAGCAACUUCAUAUUUCAGCCCUUCUUUGCCAACAAGAUCUCAGACUGUUUAUACUCAAACUCAAUUGGUACCAACUCAUACAACGGUUUAUACGACCACACAAUUUUCCCCAGCAACUCGAACUAUUGUUUAUGAAACUGAUCAUGUUCCUAUUUAUGCACAAACAGCAACUGAUUCAGGAAUUUCCGCUAAAACUUCUAGUAAAUAUGGAUCAUCUAUAGCUUCAUUGGCAAAAUAUGGAACUUCAUUUUACUGAAGUGGAAGUCUGUCAACUUUUCACUGAUGAAGAUGGCUUAUACAAUGUGUUCAACUAGAUUACUGAUUAUGCUUAAAAUUGUUAAGUUUGCUCAAUUGUAAAUUUUUAUUAAUAAUUUUUGUAUAUAUGCAAUUCAAAACUAUUUUUGUCGCUUUUUUCGCUUUUUCAUUGAUCAUGAUUAAUAGAGCAAAAUAAUGAUGCCUAAUUUCAUAACAUUUUGAUUACGGAACUCGCAAAAAUUGUAACAAUUAACAAUUGUAAGUAAGAUUUAAAAGAUAGUGAGUCAAGUGGAUAGUCUAUGAUUAUAUCACAUAAUGGCAUUAGAUAUUAUGCACCCAUGAUACCAAUUAAUAGAUAUCAUGUACGGUUUUAUAAUGUUUCUUGAGCAACUUGAUACUUUCUGAAAUCUACAGUUGGAAAUGAAAUUAGUUGGAUCUCUAAUCCAGCCUGGAUUAGCAAUUUCAUUUUCACAUACUUGGUUAAUGUUUGCACGAAUGAAUCAAAUUUACGGAAAGGGCUAUUUUUUGGCGAUAUCAUGAUAUUAUGGGACAGCAUAAAUCAUUGCAACGCAAUUCAAGUAAACUAAAGUGGUAGGUAAAGCGAGAAUAAUUUUGAAUAUUAAAAUAAAUGUAAGUGUUACAACUUUUGCUCAUCAUUAGGGUAGAAACAUAUGAUUUGGUUAGCUUAUUGAGUUGAUAUAACAGUGACUUGGCCGAGAAACGAUAAACUCAUUCACUAAAUAGAUUUGCGAUAUGAGAUAAUUUACAUAAAUGCGAUUAAAGCAAAAAUCUAAUCUGACUUCUCAAAAAUUUAGCUUUUUCUUUGAACUUUUCCCCUUUCUUACAAGAACCUUUGUUAGUAAGACCACUCCAUCGAUUUCAAAAACAUAUCCAUCGAA